AUGUCGGCCACAUUAAAACCGUAUUUAACGGCAGUUCGACACACGCUUACAUCGGCUAUGUGUUUGGAUCAUUUUUCAUCACAAGUCGUAGAAAGGUACAAUAAACCCGAAGUUGAAGUGGGUACAAGCAAAGAAUUAUUACUGAACCCAGUGAUUAUUUCUCGAAAUGCCAAUGAAAAAGUGCUAAUUGAGUCAUCAAUAAAUUCUAUUAGAAUCAGUAUAAUGAUCAAGCAAGCAGAUGAAAUAGAAAAGAUACUAUGUAAAAAGUUUAUGCGUUUUAUGAUGAUGAGAGCGGAAAACUUUAUCGUAUUAAGGCGGAAACCGGUGGACGGAUACCAUAUCAGCUUCCUUAUAACAAAUUUCCACACUGAACAAAUGUAUAAACAUAAAUUGGUUGACUUUGUAAUAUAUUUUAUGGAAGAAAUUGAUAAAGAGAUAAGUGAAAUGAAACUUGCUGUAAAUGCCCGUGCCCGAAUCUGUUCUGAAGAAUUUUUGAAGAGAUUCUAA